AUGCUGGUGGUUGACCCUGAGAAUAACCCAUAUUCCUUUCCAGCGCUGGAAUACAUGGCAGAAUCGCCAGCGUUGGUGCAUAUUAUCCAAUCAAUCAGUGCUCACCAUGAACAAUACUUCUCGCGCGCCAUAGUCACUGCCUUCGAGGAGAGGGGCAAGGCCCUGCUAUUAUUGCGGAAGGAGCUGGAACAGCAGCCGCGGACCGGGUCGCAAGCAUCCCUUCUUCUGACUAUGAUGUUGCUGGCAAUGUCGCACGGAGUUGACUGCGAUAUGGCCGAUUUUGAACGCGAAGAACCCUCUAAAUGGAUUAAUGCACAUCAGGCGCUUAGAGAGGUGACGCCAAAUGAUAUUCACCGGUUCUUGAACUAUUGUCUGAAGCUUAAGUAUGGUCAAGGGGGGCGGCAUCUGAAAGGCACAAAAAAGGCUAGCGCUCUCCGCGCAGAUUGGAAGAGCCUUCGAGGAUAUUACCGCAAGAUCACACGGAACAAAAUCAGUCAAGAUGAUAGCGAGGAAGUCAAUGCAGGUAUUCGAAGUCUGGUAGACAAGUUUCAAUUGGAUACCCAGGAGCGGGAUAAAACUCCGGUUUAUAUUCAGGAUCUAACAGAGUUCACGGAAACUAUUCUGCGGACUCAGGAGAAGCGGUUCUACGUGGGAUAUGAGCGGAUACAACUGUGUAUCUUCACCAUGCUUGGUAUAUACACAGUAAAUCGCCUCAGUGCCCUACUCUCUCUCCAGUUCAAACACUUGCAGUUUUCGAUUCAGAGGGAUCCUCUUGGUGGUCCUCCUGUGCUGCUUGUAGAAAUACGAUCAGAGCACACAAAACAAUUUCUAGGCAUAUCUCAGCUCAAUAACUUCCCUCUUCCUGAAAUUAUCGAUGAUCCUUCUCUUAUUUUUAGCCCACAUGUCUUCCUCUUCGGAACUCUCUUUUGGUUGAAUGCUUUUGCAGCUCCUCGUCUGAAUUCUAUGGAACGCCUCAGAGAAUUAUUGAUCGAAGAUGGCCGCCAGCAAAUGGUAUUACCAUUGAAGCCUGAAAUCAAAGAAUACUACCUUUUCUGCAUGACCCGGGUUGUAGAUGGGGAUGCAGUACUUCAAUGGAAUCAACCCAUGAAUGAGAGCACUAUGUCCGGACGAUUGAACAGUCUUGGGUUGAUUCACGGCUGGCUUCACUCUAUGUUUGCUCACCGGUUCCGCUAUGGUGGAGGCAAGAUGCUGAAUGAGAGCGGAGCUGUGAGCGAAGCUCAACAGAAUUUGAUUAUGAAGCACGCUGAUAUCCGCACAUUCUUGGACCACUACCUUCCACGCAAUAUCGACACAGAUAUGCAAAAUAUUAUGAAUGGUCGUGAUCCAAACACCACAUUGAUGCGCGCCAUCACUCGCAUGAGCCGGUGGAUAGACAAGAGACGCCCCCGACACCUUUCAGACAAACAAAGAGCCUCCCUUCGUCAACAUCCAGACUAUUUGGAAGCUGUACGACGACGGGACAAGCGAGCAAGGGCGAUCAAGCACAAUUCUAGCCCACAGAUGCAGUCACAAUUAGACAGGUUGUCACGGGAAGUAACAAACACAUUCAAUCGAUUGUGCAGGGCUCUGAGAGAAACAACGCGGAAAGAAUUUGACCAUAAACAGGCGGUCAUUGAUAUUGAGCGUCAACUGUCUGGCACAGCUGUGAAUGAUGACGAAGCGAAGGAAGUCCUUCAGAAUGAGGCUCAAAUGCUUCCAGAUCAGAUCCACCUACUUGAGAAGCUCCUCACCUGGCCCACGUCUCGUUCCUUGGAAGCGGAGUGGCAGCGUCGGAAUGUAGCUGUCAUGGCAGUUACCAAGUAUUGCUCCGUUCGUGAGGGAGGCCCUUUACGAGGACGGUCUAAGCGAAAAGUACCAAGUGAAGGUUUUGAUGAUGAACAGCCUGUCACGCGCAAACACAAUGCGGGUGGACACUGUAGCUUGGACCUCUCCCCUCCCCCCAAAAAUAUACUUCAAAAGGCAGAAGAACAUAUCAGAACGGCUGAGCGGCCGAAGAAAUGUUUCCAAUGCUAUGGAGAUGAUCAAUUACCGGAUCACCGUCGAGCCCAAGAGUGGACAGAAUAUAAGUCAAUUCUCAGACAUUUUCGGAGCAAGCAUCUGAAAGACCGAAGAUGUGAUUUUUGCGAGACCGAACUUCUGCAUGAGAUGCACCUGCGCAACCAUGCAGCUGCAAUACACCGUCUGGUAACAUGA